CUUGCUGACCUCACAGCUGAAAGCACUAUUUAAGAUCUGGCUACCAGAUGUUCCAAUAGGAUCUAGCCAGCUGCUAGCGGAGGUUACCCUGAGUGUUUUAACAGGGAAUAUUUACAGCCUAACAGUUUGGAAGAGAUGAUUGCACUAAUUUUCUUCUCUGCCCUGCUGUGGGACGAAGCUCAAGCGUGGGGAUUCAAGGAUGGAGUGCUGCAUAACUCUAUUUGGCUAGAACGAGCAGCUGGGGUGUACCACCGGGAGUCGCGCUCCGGGAAGUACCGGCUCACCUAUGCAGAAGCAAAAGCAGUCUGUGAAUAUGAGGGAGGACACCUGGCCACCUAUCAGCAGCUGGAGGCAGCCAGAAAAAUAGGUUUCCAUGUGUGUGCUGCUGGCUGGAUGGCCAAGGGCAGAGUUGGUUACCCCAUAGUAAAAGCUGGAGCCAACUGUGGUUUUGGAAGAACUGGGAUUGUGGACUAUGGGAUUCGCCUCAACAGAAGCGAGAGAUGGGAUGCCUACUGCUACAACCCAAACGGAAAAGAAUGUGGUGGAGUCUUCACGGAUUCAAAACAUGUUUUCAAGUCACCAGGCUACCCAAACGAGUAUGAAAAUGACCAAAUUUGCUACUGGCAUAUCAGAGUGAAAUACGGACAGCGGAUUCACCUCCAGUUCCUGGAGUUUGAUGUUGAAGACGACACUGCCUGCAUGGCUGAUUACUUGGAAAUCUAUGACAGCUAUGACGAUAUCAACGGUUUUGUGGGCAGGUUUUGUGGAGAUGAGUUGCCAGAUGAUAUCAUUAGCACAGGCAAUGUCAUGACCCUGAAGUUUCUGUCCGAUGCCUCAGUGACCGCUGGCGGGUUUCAAAUUAGGUAUGUGACGAUGGAUGCACCUUCCAAGGCAGGGGAUGGAAAGAACGCGACCUCCCAAGGAAAAACAAACUUCUUAUCAGGAAAGUUUGGCAUUAUGUGAGACAAUUCAUUAUUGUUUAUCAGUUCUGAUAACAAAGCACACCAGGAAAGAAAUGAUCAGAUGGAUUUUUAGAUGGUAAGUCCCUUAAAAAAAGAAAAAGAACAAGAAAAAAGAAGAAGGAUUCAUUGUUGCCAAAGGCUGCAGAACUGUUUUUGUAUAUAAAGUGUCCCCUUCCCCCACUUCUUGUAUCAAACUUCUUGUGUGAGCAA